GAUUAAGUUAGCUAAUGUUUGAAAACGACGAGGAAAAGAGUAGUUCGGAAGAUGAUGAAGAAUAUGUACCAUCGAAUCCCGAAGAAGACGUCGAAGAUGAUGAACCAAAUGAGAACGGUGGAGGAAGUAGUAAUGAUGGUGAUAUGAUGAAUAGUAAUUCGAUGACAGCAUUACAGGAAUUAAAAGAGACGAAUAAAUCAGGGGAAACAGAAGAUGAACGACAGCUAAGGUUGAAAUCCUUGUUUGAGGAAUUCAUCGGAGGAAGUGAUGCUAAGCCAAAAUCAUCAAUCAGCGAAGCACUACCCACUUCCACUGCUGAUGAUAAACGAGUAUCGAUGAUUAAGCAUGAAAUUCCGGAAUUAUCUACGGAAACGGCUGACGACAUUUUCGGUGGUGUACCAGACAGGAGGGAUGUUUCAUUGAAGGACAAACCAGAACUUUAUGGAAGGGAAGGGAAGACGUCUGAACUAGUACAAAGUGAAAAGAGAAAGGCUUCGGAUGGAUUGACAAGCGCAAUUAGUGCUUUGUCGAAGAAAGCAAAAGUGAGUGUACUCGAAAAAACAGCGCAGGAUUGGGGAGCUUUCAAAAAUGAGACAGGAAUUCAGGAAGAACUGACCAGUCAUAACCGAGGGAAGAAAGGUUAUGUUGAUCGUGUGGAAUUUUUAUCUCGAACAGAUUAUCGACAGUUUGAAAUCGAACGUGAUGCUCGUAAUGCUGCUCGUAAGAAGAAAUAAUUUGUUCUAGUCACAAUUGGCUUUAGUUAAAAUUCAUCACAGGUUCUUGUGAUCUCAUGAGCGAGGAAAGCAAUCAGCCUUACGAUUUCUAUGGCAACGAUGAUCUUUUGGAGUUGAUUUAGUUGGUGGUAUCAUAAACGGUUAUUCAUCAGGAAAUCUGGCCUCUUUCACUGUAUGGUGCAUUUUAUUGUUUGUGGUGCAGUUCUCGACUCGAAGUUACAAUUCAGGAGGAAACGAUAUCAGAAAUUGUUCAUUGUUCAACGAUAUCAGAAUUUUAAUGCUGAUAGAUUGUACUAUUUGGAAUUACCCGGUAACACCGCACUUAGGCCUGACAUCUCCCACUGUUUUGGGACGCAGGUGAUUGCUGUCCAUUACUAUGUGUUACUUGCAUUAUUUAUUUAUAAAAAUCUAGCUUCUGAAUUGUAUGAGUCUUUCUUUUUGAAUUUUAUUUGUUUAAAUACAGUCAAUAAAUCUAGAAGUACACACUUGGUCUUUUUUUCAUUUUGUG